UCGGACAGUGAGGACGGGCGGGACAUAGCUCAGCUCAGGCGGCUCUCUGCCCGCACACUCGACCUCGCACGGAUUUAGUUAGUUUUCGUUAGAAUUGGUCUGCACGUUUUCUUUAGAGCGAACAUUUUCCCCAUUUGACUUUCAGCGGCAUCACGCAGCCCCCCGCACUCAGACAGGAUGUCGGAACUUUCCGUGAAUGACCACCUCGCAGGGAUUUUAUCAGAUUUUGAAGCACUGAAGAGAUCCUUUGACACUGAAGAUGUGGACGACAUACCUUCUUUCUCCUCAGCUUCCCCCAUCUCCACUCCCAUUUCCCCUUCUUCCUCCCAUUUCUUCCUCAACCACACUAAAGCUAGUGAGGGCUGGGUAGGAGGUGACCAGUCCCCUUCAUUAGCCUUCAACAACAACAACAACACCCUGGGCUCUGCAGCCCAUCACUCCUGCAUAAACUUGAGUUCCAAUCCCAGUCCUGUUCUUAAGUCCCAUACAGUGGUCAGCAGCAUGUCCUUCAAUAGAGGAAAUAUGAACAAGCCAGUCAUCCACAAGACUGGCCCCUCUGUGACCAGAGCAGCAUCCUUUCAGAGCAGGGUAAAUCCCAAUGGUUAUGCCAUGUUGUCUGGGCAUAGCAGUGACAACGACCGUCUUCACAGCUCCACAUCAAGCCUGGAGUACUCUGGAGGGGGUGGAGGUAGCCUCUCUUUUACCAAGCUGGGGUCACCUCAAGGGAAGUACGACCAAAACCAGCCCCAGCUCCCACAACAGCAUUUAGGAGGAGGCUCCCCCUUGGGAAGCACCCACCACCUUAAGAAGUUCUCAUCCCAUGGGAGUGUUUUCCAUUCCAAGAUGAAUCAUGGGCCACUGUGUAUUUCAGAGCCUCAGGGGGUGAACCAUGGCUCCAUGCCCAGCCUAGACCAUCAAAUACAUGAUGGAGGAGGAGGAAUGGUGAGUAUGCAAAGAGAUGGAGGCAGGAUGUCUCCAGGGUUGACAUAUGCCAAUGCUAAAGCUGACUGGAACAGCUAUCUUCAUAAUGCCAAUUCCUUUGGAGAGGAGGGCUACUAUGGCUCAAGAAACCAGUGCCAGCAGCAACGGACCCAGGUCAUUAAGUCACCCUAUUCUAAGGCCAAAGAGAUACCACGUCUCAACAAGUUUCCCUUAGAUCUGGAGAGCUUGGUAAGCAGCAAUUCAACUACAUUUCCCACCAAGACCCAAGAAGGAUCCAUGACUCCCAACCCAUUCAAGCCUCCUUCAAGGAGCACAGGAGGUGUCCAGCACCACACCAGCCCACCAUCUAUUUCAGCCAGUCCUUCAGCAUCUAUCAGCAGCCUUGACAGUUCUUCUGACACUCCAACUUCCUCCCUCAACUAUCUCGUUUUACCUUUCUCCCCACGUUCUCCAGCUCCCUCACAGGGCUCUGUGCCUGUCCCAGAGAUUACCUGUUCCCCGUUGUGCCUUUAUCCAGCCCAGAGCUCCCAGGUGGGGAGUGUCUCAGUGCCCCAAGCUGUCCAGCUUCCCCCAAGCAGUCCUUCCAGCCCUGGAGCCAUUUGGUCUUUGGAGGAUGUUGCAGGUGAUGCCAGAGACAGUGUAAGCGCCAUCUUACAGAGGAUUGUCUCCUUCUCCCGGCCAGUCAUCUCUGAUACCACCCAAGCAGCUGUGACCCAGCACCCUACAGUUCAAAGCAAAGAAGCUGCUGGAGAACUGGAGACUGACCCGCUCACCCUAAUGGAGGAGAGAGAGAAGAAGGAGAGAGGUAUCAUGGGACAAGAUCAAGAAGAAGGGGGCAAGACAGAAGGACAACCUGCCAACAUGAAUAGCCAGGAUUCCAUGACAGAAAAUGAAGAGAACUGUGUUGAGCUUUGUACAGAGGUGGAGGAGAAAGGGAAGGAGAAGGGAAUGGAGGAAGGAGAGUUGAAGAAAGAGAUAGAGCUGGAGGCGGAGGUGAAGCUAGAGCUGUGCCAGUCUAUUCCAGGCCUGCAGAUGAGCCUCAUCCGGGGAACUGACCUGUUUGGCUACGUGGGCAUCGAGGCAAUACUGGACCAGAUGAAGCGCAAGACCAUGAAGGCGGGCUUUGAAUUCAACAUCAUGGUGGUUGGUCAGAGUGGUUUGGGGAAAUCCACACUGGUCAACACUCUGUUCAAGUCCAAAGUCAGCCGAAGGUCCAACUAUGAAGAGAAGAUUUCCAAAACAGUCAAGCUGCAUUCAGUCAGCCACGUGAUUGAGGAGAAGGGGGUGAAGAUGAAGCUGACAGUGAUCGACACUCCGGGAUUUGGAGAUCAGAUCAACAAUGAGAACUGCUGGGAGCCCAUAGUGAAGUACAUCAAUGAGCAGUAUGAGAAGUAUUUGAGAGAGGAACUGUGUGUCAACCGCAAGAGGAGAAUACCUGACAGCAGAGUCCACUGCUGCAUCUACUUCCUUCCUGCCACUGGACACAGGUUACGCCCAAUCGAUGUUGAGUUCAUGAAGAGGUUGGGGAAGAUAGUAAGCAUCGUACCUGUCAUCGCCAAAGCUGACACACUCACCAUUGAGGAAAGGCAGGAGUUCAAAGAGAGGAUAAGACACGACUUGGUAGCCAAUGGGAUUCAUGUUUACCCCCAGAAAGAAUAUGAUGAAGACCCAGAGGAUCAUAUUCUCAACAACAGGAUUAGGGAAAACAUUCCCUUUGCUGUGGUUGGGACUGACAAAGAACAUCAGGUGAAUGGAAACAAAGUGCUGGGCCGUAAAACAAAGUGGGGGAUCAUUGAAGUUGAAAAUGUGGAGCACUGUGAGUUUGCCUGCCUGAGGGAUUUACUUAUCAGAUCUCACCUGCAGGACCUGAAAGAUGUGACCCACAACAUCCACUAUGAGACCUACCGUGUACGACGGCUCACCGAGAGCAACAUGGACUUCGGUGAACUGGGCUUGCCCACCUGGCCGCUGGAGAAUGGAACUCGUGACAAAUGUGAAUCAGAGAGCCACCUCUGAUCUCUCUAUCACGCCCUGCACAUCAUACUGAGAGAUGGGGAAAACAAAGUGUUUUUUUUUUUUGCUACAUCAAAAAUGAGAUAGAGAAAUACUUUUUUUCAUUGUGGGACCAACACGUGGAUUGUUUUAAAUAAAAAUGUCUAUUUGAGUUUUUAUACAAGACAAAUACAUCAAAUAUGAAUAUAUUUUUUAAUGUAAGCUGAUACAUAUUUUCAGGAAUGAUGGUGACAUAUGCAGAGCAGGGAGAGCAGGCAUCACAACAUGGCACAGUGCAAGUAGGCAGUGACCCCAAUGGUGUCAGGAGUGUGGACAGACCCGACUGUAUCACCUAGCAUUUCAGUUGGAUCACACUCAAUUCAUGCUCAUGUUCAACCAUCACAUAUGAGUGGAAAGCUCAGGUGUCCACGUACUUUGUGUAGGUGUUCACAAAUAUUCAGCAUCGUUCUUGCAUAGGUUAAAUGUGUUUAAAUGGGAUUCUAAGGUGAAACUCAUCAUGUUGUAGCUUGAGGAAAGGAUUUAAAUUCAUUUGACAAGUUGCAACCGAAAGCAUUGUAGCAUAUAAAGCCUGGUGAAUUGACCCAUCCUCAAAACAAAAUUCAGUAUAUAAAUGUGAACCUGCUGCUGUGCCUAGUGCUGCCUUGUUCAUUUCGACUAUAUCUCUUGCAAAAAGUACUACUGAGUUGCUGAUUUGAAAUACUCAAACCUUGUAAGAGUUAAGUCCUCCAAUAUGUUAUGGGAAGGUGUUUGAUAUGUAGGUUUGCUCUAGCUUUUUUUGUUUUAUUAGGAAAAUCUGGCUGCCUUUCAUAAUGGCAGAUAGACUACAGGAAAUAUAAAGUAACCAAUUAGGCUGUAGGAUUUAGGAGGGCAUGCUUUAUUGUAUCAUUCACCCUGCGGAGUCUAUAUAGUCCUAUAGUCUAGCCUGUUUUUCCAUUCAGGACACCAUAUCACACUUAUAUGGCAAAAACUGAAGCUAGUGUUUAUGUGGUGUAGGUUUAUGGCCCACACAAGUGUUUACUUUUUUACAGCUUGUAGUCCACAUUAAAGUGCCAAAACAAGAGAAACAUUUUAAAAUUCUUUAUCCUUUGUUUUUUUUAACGUAACUACAAAGUUAUAUAUAGUUAUAAUAUAGUUUUGGAGUAACAGUCACAAUGAAACUACCGACUGUUGAGCACAUACAUAAUUCACUAGUAUUUACCUCAAUCUUGCUCAGUACUCCACCCAGUGGAUAAAAUUUGCAGCAUGUGUGCAGUCAUCAGUAGCACAAGUUAUAUGCUCAGUAUAAAA